AUGAUAGCGCGAGCAGUUUGCGCACGAGAAACGCGAGCUUCAAACCUUCGUUCGAUGAUCCUGCAAAAGGUCUUCAUGAUCUCUUCUGCGUUCUUCUUGGUGUCCCUGGCUUCUCUGGCCCUAGGUCAGUUCCCCUUAACGCCCCGGUUCAUCGCCACUCCGUACUUCAACCGCGGACCUCACGCCAGGGCCAACUUCUUCAAAGACGGCCUCUUGUUGGACCCCGGCUGCGACAGGACUAAAAUGGACGGCUUUAACGGCUGCUUCUGUUACGACAAUAAGUGCGGUGUGACAGCUGCAAGAGCCCCGUUUCCUCCCGUCGGCAUGAAAUGCAAUCUCACCUCCGGGUCGGGAAUUCCAAUGAGAACCGUGAUCUGCACUUUGGGGAUCCACAAAGCCGUGAGCUUGUUUGGUCUCAAGGUGAUCUACAACAUGGGAGACAUUUUGGCCUACCCCAGCGAAGGUUAUCCUACCUUUCCCCUGCAUCAGUUUAAGGACCUCGGAUUUCCCGGGUACUACGAGUUCGUCUUCAGCCACACGUACGCGUUCGGGGGCGUGUACUUUCCUUCGUUCGGCCUGCUCAAAGAGAAGUCUGGUUCGUUGCCCUACGUGACCGCCAUCAAGCUUUUCAUCCCGGAAGAGCUAGACCCGGCGAAGGUGUGCCGUCCCACCAUUCGUGUGGUGUGGACAUGCCCGUGCUGCGAGUACGGCAUCUUCACCAUCGAAGAACUCAUCCUGGAAGUCAGGCUCUGGCGGUCCGAGACGUUUAAGCGACGUUUGCCGUACAUUCACAGAACCGUCACCUUUGCGAACCAACGCACGCUCGUGCCGUUGACCGAACAAAAAGGCGCCGUCCUCGUCUUACCGUCGAUGGUGGGCUUUCCGGGAUCGGCAACGUUUACAGCCACGCUCUUGAAUGCAAGCUUAGAUUUCUCCGUCUUCAUGUUCGCGAUGAAAAGCGCGUUUCAGAAGCGCCACCUGUUUGACAUUCCCAACAAGCCGCCCUACCCGGGCCAAUGCACCGUUGAUCCUCCUGGUGGGGUGGCCGUGAGGGACCUCUUCACGUUCAGGUGCACGGGAUUUACCGACCCCGAGAGGCGUCCCCUGCUAUACGAGUUCUACUUCUGCUUCCGCCACCCGAAUCAGCUGGCCUCGCCAGCCGGGCAGGGGAUAGAUCCGCGACGCCAGUGCAACCUGAUGCAGUCUGCGCGGGACCAGCAAGUCUUCCAGGGCGUCCUGCCGUUGGGCAAUCUGAAACAGAACGCAAGAGUCUCCGUGCUGAUCUACGUCAGCGACAACGCUGGCCAAUUUAUCCGGGUUGUGGUUCCGGUGGACCUGGUUCCUCUGACGUGCUCCAGCUUCCGGCUAAUGACUGUCGACCGGUAUGCCCUUACGGCCACUGGGGCCAGCCAGGUUAUGACCUACAUGCGGACCACCUCCAAGAUGAUGAACUCGGAGUUCUUCGACAGUUGCAACACGGGCCCGAACUUGCAGACAGAGGAAACGCAACGCAGGGGCUACCUGGAAUACCUCAGGAAGACAGACACCAGUACCGAGGGUGAUCUACGCACCCAGGCUGAGGCCUUCCGGGACAUCGUGUCCCAAAACCGGGUUAACCUGAGCAGGACGUUCAAGGACGAAGCCGUCACCUUGCUCAGCGGCUAUGCCCAGAAGUUCGGAGAACUGACGAAUGCCAACGAUAGUGACCGGGUUCCCGAGAAGACGGUGGCGGUGGGGCAGGUCCUGAUCAGUGGCAUGAAGAUGAUGCUCAAUCUGACGGCACCCACAGACAUGGCGAAGCCCGGUGCCGUGCCCAAGAUGGAGGACACCUGCACGAGUGCCGAAACGAUUGUGGCCAACAUGGCUCACGUUGCCGAAAGCGUCACACGUGUCGUCGACACCAUCGACUCAGAUCGUGGAAUGCGAGUGGACGACUACGAAAUUUGGAUGCGCGACUCCAAGCGUCAGGGGUAUCUUGGCUCCGAGUACGGCACCAAGGUUCGAAUCAACGGCGCGGUGAACCAGCUCACGACCAUUGUGUUUCCCUCGAAUCCCUUCAAUUGCGGCAACUCGAGUCGGUUCUCCAACACACAGGCCGUGCUAAUCGACGUAAAAAACGGAACCGACGGUUCCUUGCAAUUCUCGAGAUCAGGAGUGAAUAUCGUCUUGAAGAGACCGGAGGCCCUUGUCUUCGAGGAUAUAAACGACACGUUUCACACCUCGUUCGCUAACGUGUCCAUCCAUACGAUUGUUGUAACGCAGCCCGGGGCUUAUGUCAAGAUCGAGGUUGCGCCAGUGAAUGACGAAAAUCAAUUCAUAACGGCCGUCACCAUGAACCGAUUGCCGACCAGCCAAGAUUUUCUGAAACAAAACCUGCGAAAUCUGCUGUUUCACGUUCCGAGAGAGGUGAGGUUCGUAUCGGUGCCGGAUAGAGGAACGCUCACGCUCGCCGUUUAUCCCCUCACGAAUGAAACCAAGCACAAACUCCAAGACCGCCUAUACAAAUCAUCGGAAGACUUCAUAAAUGUAUCUUACACUUUACGAUCGGCAACGUACAGCUGCCUGCUGUGGAACUCCACACGACAGACCUGGGCGACUUCGGGGUGCAGAGUGCUGCACUUCUCGGACGACCAGUACGUUCGGUGUGCUUGCGAUCAUGCCUCCGUGUUCACGGGUGGACUGUUCAUUGCUCCACAUCCGAUUGACUUUACCAACUUGGAGUUCCUUUUUCAAGGCAUGUCCAGCAACCUCGUCAUGACCAUCGUCGUUGCCAUUGUGUGGGUGCUAUACGGCGUUGUUAUGGUUUGGUCUUUCCAGCAAGACGCGAGAGAUGAAGGUGCCGCUGGUAUAGAAUACUUGUCCGAGAACAAUCCGAACGACGCUUUCGGCUACCUACUUUCUUUUUACACUUGGUUUCGCAGUGGCGCAGGGACCUCAAGUAAGGUCAGCAUCAAGAUUCACGGUUCACAGGAUGACUCCAGGACCGUAGUGAUCCGGGACGGCGGCAAAAACCCAUUUGCUCUUCAAGCUGGAGGAAGAGAUUGGUACUUCCUGAGCCAUCCGACCUCCCUUGGGACUGUUGAGACAAUUGAUAUUACAGUCGAUCAAAAAGGAAAAAAUCCGCCCUGGACGUUGAACACCGUUGUAAUCAGAGACCUUCAAACAUCGUCAAGGACCAUAUUUUUGAUUGACAAGAAACUUCGACCGGAUACGGAAACAGGCACGUCAACGUUCACCUUUGAACCGACCAGUGCGUCUGUUUUGCGUUCCCCGUUGAGGAUCUUUAAGGCUAGGGUCAUCCGGUACUUCCGAGAAGACCAUCUCAUCUUUAGCAUCUUUAGCCGAUUACCUACCGGAAACUUUACUCGAAAGCAACGCGCAUCGGUGGCGCUCCUGCUGGUAGUUUCCGGAAUGAUGGUCUGCUUGAUGUUCUACGGGUUGAAUGCGGACGAAGACGAGAUAUUUCGUUCCGAUAUCUUCUACACUCUCUUGGAAGUACCGCCGUUAAGUGAGGUCAUCAUCGCCAUGCAGUCAUCGGCAAUCGUAACCCCUUUCGUGCUCCUAGUGCUCUUCCUCUUUGAAAGAUCAAGACCGCCAUUCCUACACCGCAAGUCUAUCGUGCCCAAAGUAGCGGUGGAUGGUUCAGUCCAGGAAUGGCUCGACGACGACGCAAAAUCGGCGUCCUCUUCUCCCACGGGGAAGGUACCCAAAGAACUGCUGACAAACAGCGCGACAAACUACAUCUUUCCAAAAUGGGCUUCAAUCACUGCCUGGGUUCUUUGCAUAGGAGGUUCGAUCAUCAUCUCCAUCUUCAUUAUCCUCUAUGGAUUGACCUACGGGUACUACCGCAGCCUAUCCUGGUUGCGCUGCAACAUGUUCAACGUCAUCGUCACGGAGUUCAUAGUCCACCCGGUAAAGCUGAUUGUGAUGUCCGCCGUUAUGGCCGGAAUCUUCAGAACUCCUUUAGAGAUGGAAAACAUACCGCUAAGAUUCAUCGAGUAG